AUGAGCUUCGGCAGCGACGGCGGCGGCGAUCUUGAGGCUGUUCCGCCACUGCAACUGUCAUCAUCUGAUUCCUACUCUCAUGUAUCUUACAGUUGUGGCUCGUGUGGGUACGAACUGAACCUCAGCUCUUGCAACCGCAACAUACCAAUGAUCAAUUCAGAGUACGGCAAGUCGAUGAAACGAGGGGUCAUAUCCUUCUUCUCCGUUGAUGAGAGCCGAUUCACGCAGAUAAACAAGCACCGAUGGCUACCCUACUUCCCUUCGUGGAGGCUAUUUCAACGACAAACCAAGCUGUUAUGUAGGGGUUGCCGGAGCUACAUUGGCACAGCGUGGAAUGUGGAGGAUGGCAUUUCGACCUCUCCGUAUCAACUGGUAAAGCAAGGCUCAAUGACUUGGGAUGGGAUCUCUGCUCGUAUGAUGUACGAGAUCAAGAUACGUUCUCUGAGACCCGUGGCAUUUACUCUUAAGUGA